AUGGCUUUCAGUCCAGAGCUAUUGGCUUCUCUUUCAAGGGCUAUCUCACCACCUCCAAAGUCCUCGGCCCCAACAAUACCUCCUCCUCCUCCUGCUGCUCCUUCAGCACCAGCACCACCUCCACCUCCACCACCACCACUUCCAUCUGGAAGUGUACCUCCCCCACCGCCGCCCCCUCUACCGGGUUUGACAGGGGCUGCUCCGAAUGCGUUUGUCAAACCUCUGCAAGUCACUCAUGACCCGGAAACGGUAACACUUCCUCAACAGUCUACGCCUAAACCAAAAAAUAAGAUGAAAUCUCUUAAUUGGAGCAAAAUUCCAAGCAACAAGAUUGUGGGGAAAAACAACCUGUGGUCCUUAAUAGCAAAAGCUCACGACGGAAGCCCGAAUGACUUGGACUUCGAGACUAUUGAAGGUCUUUUCUGCCAACAAAGCCAACUGGGCAGUGGACCAGCCUCGCCAAAACUUGGUAACAGAGGAGACAGGAGUGGAAGAGACAGCUUAGAACGUAAAAAAAGAGAAUUUUCAGAGAUUAAUCUGCUGGAUGGUAAAAGGAGCCUAAACGUGAAUAUAUUCCUCAAGCAAUUUCGCAGCUCCAACGAAAAAAUAAUUGACAUGUUAAAACGAGGAUCUCAUAACGAAAUGGGUGGAGAAAAACUACGGGGACUGCUCAAAAUUCUUCCAGAAGUCGACGAAAUCGAAUUUCUACGCAACUACACAGGGGAAUUUCACAAGCUUGGUAACGCAGAAAAAUUCUUAAAGCAACUCAUAGAUUUACCAAAUUACAAACUUCGAUGUGAAGGAAUGUUAUUAAAAGAAGAUUUUAACUCCAUUAUGGCUUACUUAGAACCGUCUAUCGAAACUAUACUAUCUGCUGCAGCGGAACUGAAGCACUGCCGAGAACUGCAUGAAGUACUCUAUAUGCUUCUAGUAGCGGGAAAUUUUCUUAAUGCGGGUGGCUAUGCUGGUAAUGCAGCUGGAUUCAAAAUGAUGUCCUUGCUAAAAGUGGCGGAAACAAGAUCUAACAAACCAGGAAUGAGUCUUAUGCAUUAUGUUGCACACGAAGCCGAGAAAAAAUAUCGAAACCUGCUGGAUUUCCCAGAUCUUCUAACCAGUUUGGAAGAUGCAUCAAAGCUAUCUAUUGAAAAUUUGAAAGCAGAAACAAUUAAUCUCAGUCAAAAAGUGUCAAAAAUUUCACAACAGGUCUCUACAUCCGAAGAUGAUAUCAAAGAACAAAUGGAAGAAUUUUUGACGUUUGCUGUAAGAGAAACGAACACAGUUCAAAAGGAUAUCGACAGUCUGGACAAAAUCCGGGAAGACCUUGCCGAGUUUCUUUGUGAAGAUCUGCAGUCUUUCAAAUUAGAGGAAUGUUUCAAGAUAUUUCAUAGCUUCUGUCAAAAGUUUAAAGCAGCAAUUGAGGAAAACAAAAGACGACGUCAACAAGAGAAAAGAGCUGCUGAAUUGAAAAGACAGCGAGAAGAACAAUUGUUACUGAAAAAGAAAAACUCUUCAGGUAACAUAUCAGAAAAUCGGCCAUCUUCAUAUUCCGGCAGCGAGAGCGAUAACAUUUUAGACAUGCUGCUUGAAGAUGGUCGUGGCCUGAACCGUUUCUGUGACAGUGGCAGUUUCAAAUCCACUCGCAGUUCAAGCAAAGUGAAAGCUUCCUCUCAGGAUCACCCAACGGAACUUCUUCGACUGAACAGCCUCACAUCCAGUGUCCCAUCUGAAGAAGAUGCAUCUCCCAGAGUCACUCGAAGAAUUGGAUCUUCAAAUUCGGCAAUAAAUGGCUUCUCUGGAGAUUUGGAUACGAUGGACUCUCCUGACGUCACACCAAACGGCACAUUGAGACGACGUAGAAGUAGGCUAAGCUCGGAAGAUCGUGAAUCCAGCUUGAUGGACUUUUUGAAACAGUCUGCAGAAGCAGAUCCAAAAUUGGACAAAACGCAACUGAUGGACACUAGUUCGUUAGACAGAUCCCAUUUGAGGCGGUCAUCCCGCAGGAGAAGACCUGAAAUAUUGUCUGCAGAGCUUAAUGAGAGGGAACGUCCAGCCUCACCUGGUAAUUCCCCGCUUUUUGAAAGAAAAGCGAUAGGCUUAGAGUCAUCUCAUGCCAUUAAGCCAAAACAAUGGCGUGUCAAAAUAGAAGAAUGGCUACAAGAAAAUGAAAAAGAGCAAGAACGAGAAAAGAGGCUGCGCGAAAAGAUAGCAAUGGAAAAAUCAAAACGCCAAGAACAAGAAGUUCGGGGAAGAAUAACUUCGACGUGGAAUAAAACGGACGAUUGCCAAAGCCCGAUCGAAAACUUCCGAACGCCUCAUGAAAACAAAACCGAUUCUGAGUUGUAUUCUUAUAACAAAUCAGCUUUGGUAACCGAAAAAUCACCUGAAGUAACGGAGGGGCGACUAAAAGAUAAGUCUAAGUGGCGCAAAAGCAAUCUAAAUGUAGCUAACAGCAGUGAAUCAGUCGAUGAUGAGCGGAGACGCAGUAGAAGCAGAAAAAACUUAUCAGAACCAGAAACAACAGACACAAUUAGUUUUUACAUCAGAGGUCCAGACGUCACUCAGAACGAGCAACCCGAUUCAAGAGACCUGAAAGAUUCAAUUACUUUGCAUGAAAGUGGAAUAAAUCAGCGCAAAGGAGAUGAGUUGUUUCAAGCUUCACUGCUAACAAAAGAUCCAAUCGAACAACCUACUAUAAAUACAAUCACUAAAAUCAAUGAAAAACCAGAGAGACUCAAUGGAAAUGAGUCGCAAAAGGAAAAAGUAACAGCAUUGAAUGAUAAUAAGACAAACUUCCGGAGUAAAAUAAGAGAGGAAAUCGAAAUUGAAAAGUGUCCUCAACAGACUAAUGAUGAUGUACUCUUACAUAAAGGGCAAAUCAUAAUACCCAGCAAUUUAAAUGAUUCGGUUCCUUUGAAGUCAGAAAGCAAACAAUUCACCAAUACAAAUGCUGAUAGGAAUAAGACUGAGACUGAAGAAAGAAACUCUUCAUCGGACAAAGAGGACGAGAGUAAUUUCGAUAGAUUUUCUGCUGUAAGAAAAACUACGAGGAGGACGAAACCUCGACAUAAAGCAUCUGACAUGGAGAAAAAGAAAGCAGAUGAAAAUCAAGAUGGCAUAGUCAAAAUGGCUAAAACAAUAAGGCAAGACAAUAGCUCCCAAUCCAUGACAACCGAAAAUGUUGCGGAAGCUAAAACCACUUUUAUUUCAGAAAAAAUGGAAAAUGAAAAUGAAACUGGGAAAAACGAAAGCGCAAAAUCCAAAAACGCAAAAGAAAACGAUAUCAUUAAGCUAUUGAAUGAUCCUAAAGAAAAUGCGAAAGUAUCUGAAGCUUUAACAGAUACCAAGAAAAGGGAAAAGAAUUCCACAUCUUUGAAAGCACGACUAUCAAAGAAACUUCUUCAUUUAUCAGAAAACUUAAAAGCAGUAAAUAAAUCCUCAAACACAGAUAUCAAUAAAGUUAAUAACAAAUCAAAUCUGACCGAAGAGGAAACGGGAAAAAGUAAUAUCGUCUGUGAAUCCCCUUGUCCACGAAUUGAAAAUGUAUUAUCAAUGAGAAGGAAAAGCUUGAGAGCAGAAAAAUCAAACCCAGUUACGGAAGAUAAAUCCCGAUUAUUAGGAUAUCAAAGGCAAGAUUCAAAAGGAAAUCAAACGUCCUUGACUGCUGAAUGCAAUCCAGUUAUGAUCACUCCUAAAUUCUUGAAGGAGAAUUUUGUAGCGAAUCCAAACCAAAUAAAAAUUGUUCAUGCUGCACCGGUAAGCUAUAAUGUUAAAAACUUUGAAUCUUAUCCACUUCCGAUAAAAAGCAGAACAGAAUCCGAAAAGGAUGAAGGGUUUGAAGAAACGCAAUCGCAACAAUCAGAGGCGGCAUCGCAAGAAGCUGGUUCCAGUUAUGACACUGACAUAGCGGAAUCUCCGAAAAGCUUCAGGCAAAAAAAAGAGAGUAACAAUGAAAAAGCAGACGAUCAAAACUUGCAGAAUCCUACCGAUUCAACCAAAGUGCAUAGCAAAAGCUCAAAAAAUAAUUGUAGCGAUAAAACUUUCAAGGACACUAAAAAAAUGACGUUACUUAGACCAAACUCAUUAAACGAAAAAUAUACAGCUCCUCAUCCCAAUAAAACGCAUGACGAUUCAUCUUCUUUCAAGACACCGAAGUCAAAUGUUUCUAGAUCGAAUUCAACGAGGUUGUCGAUGCAGAGAAAUGCAACACCUGUCCUGCAAUCCAAAAAUUCACCAAUCACUAAAACAAUAAAAGACCCAACAUCACAAAAUACCACUAGUAGGUCAAGUUUCAGAAAUGCGCCAAGAAGUAACGAAAUAAACAUUCCACGAUCAAACUCAAAUGACUUACGUGUAAAAGAAUCAAAUCCCAAAGAUAACCGAUCACCCAGAACGUACAACAACAAACUAUUAAAACCAGAAACAAAAAACAGAAAUCUUCGAACACUUAAGCUAGAAAAUUAUGAUGUUACUCAAUCCAUGCCUCCUACGCCUUCGGAUGAAAAUAAAUCUUUUAUGUCAAAUGGUUCUCUACAAAAGAAUCCAGUGAAGGCGAAAUCUAGCUCAUCUGUAUAUAAUCCGAAGCAUCAGAGAAGAAGAUCUAGCGAUAGAUCAUUAAACCAAAGUCUUGGAAGCAACACCCGAAGGGGGAGUGAAAAAUCUCUUUCAUGUCAAUCCAGUGAGAAAAGCUUGAAUCUUUCACGAAAAUCCAGCGAAACGUCGGUCGUCACUGUUAAAAGCGUUAACCCAAGAACUUCUGUACCAUUAGUUAGACGUCGCCGUUCUAAUGCUGCAGCAACCACUGCACUGUCAAAACCAAAAUCUCGACUCAGGAUAAACAAACCCAUCUCAAGUUCCCUCCCAGCUGCAAAAUCAGUAUCAACAGUAAAACCGACUGUUCAAAGAACACUAAGCGACAAAUCUUGCAGCUUUAUGAAAGCAACUUCAGCCUCAUCGGCUAAAUCGAACACUAUCAAAUUCCAUUCAAAAUAGGCCAAGAGAGCAAAAGUUGCUAUAGAUAUAAAAGAUUCUGUAAAUAAAUGUAAGCAUCGGUGAAAUGUGCAUUUUUAAGAUGUUC